CGCAUUUUAUCGCCACCAAACCAUUAAAAUAUAAAGGAGAGAGCUAAACGUGCUUCAAAGACUCCAUCUUUACUCCCUUUCAUUCUCUCACUUCUUUCAUUUUCCCUAGACUCCAUCAACUCGGAGAUGGGACUUUUUCCGGCCGCCGCGAUCACCGUCAUCCUUCUUUGCUGUUCCCAGGCCGUAUUCCUGCAAGCUGAAAAAAACUACACCAUCCAAUUUGAUAGCUUCGAUCCAAGCGAAGAGCGAGUGAUCAGCGAUCUUGUGCGCCAAAAUGUGACAUUCACCCACAAUGCCAUGCAGCUCACCCCAGACAUAGCUUCAGGAGACACCAUCAACUUCAAGAAAACAAAUAAUUCCGGCAGGGUGUUCCUCAGGAGAGGCUUCAGGCUCUGGGAAGGAGGGGACUCGGGAAACGCAAGCGUGGUGGCGUCUUUUAACUCCACUUUCCGCAUCAAUAUUUACCCCCUAGAUGGCUCCAAGGCGGAAGGGAUAACUUUCUUGAUUGCUUCCAACCCAGACUUGCCGGAAAACAGCUUUGGCCAGUACUUGGGCCUCACCAAUUCAUCCACAGAUGGCAACUCCACCAACAAAUUCGUCGCGGUUGAGCUCGAUACUAACAAGCAAUCCUUCGAUCCUGACGAUAACCAUGUAGGGAUUGACAUUAAUGGCGUUAGAUCUGUAAAGAUUGAAUCUUUGAGGUCUCACGGCAUCGUGCUGGCCCCCAACACCAUCAAUGCGAGUUUCUACAACGUGUGGGUACAGUACGAUGGAGUUGCAAAAGUUAUGGAAGUUUAUAUCGGCAAGCAAGAGACCCAAUUAGGCCCUGACUCGCCCAAGCCGGUUUCCCCUGUUCUAAAAAUGGGUCUUGAUCUCAGGAAGUAUUUGGAUCAAGAAUCGUAUUUUGGGUUCUCUGCUUCGACUGGGGUGAAGUACCAGCUGAACUGCGUGUUGAGAUGGAGCUUCACGAUUAAAUACUUCCCGGAAAAGAAAGAUUGGUGGAAGAUAGCGGUGGGGGUGGGCGUGCCCGUGGCGGUUCUGGGGCUGAUUGCGGCGGCUUGGUUUGUUGCUUACAGGAUGCGUAAGAAGAGGAAGAUGAGGACUCAAUCUGCAAUUCUGGGGGCUCUCAAGAGCCUUCCUGGAACUCCAAGGGAGUUUGAGUUUAAGGACUUGAAGAGAGCCACAGACAACUUUGAUGAGAAGAAUAAGCUUGGGCAGGGAGGAUAUGGGAUGGUUUACAAAGGGUGUUUGGCUGGUGAGAAUCUGGAGAUUGCUGUUAAGAUGUUUUCCAGGGAGAGCAUCAAGGGUCAGGAUGAUUUCUUGGCUGAGCUUACCAUUAUCAACCGUCUCCGACAUAAACAUCUUGUCAAGCUUCUAGGGUGGUGCCACAAGUAUGGGAAGCUACUUUUGGUGUAUGAAUACAUGCCCCAUGGCAGCUUAGAUAAGCACCUCUUCUCUGCCCCAGAAAAGGAUCCAUUGAGUUGGGAACUAAGGUAUAAAAUCGUGUCGGGUGUGGCCUCGGCCUUGCAGUAUCUCCACAACGAGUUUGAGCAAAGGGUGGUGCAUCGUGACCUCAAAGCCAGCAACAUCAUGCUCGACUCCAAUUUCAACGCCCGCCUGGGCGACUUUGGGCUGGCCCGGGCACUUGACAACGAGAGAACCUCGUAUGCUGAGGCCGAGGGAGUGCUGGGCACAAUGGGCUACAUUGCACCCGAGUGUUUCCACACGGGCAAGGCCACACAGCAGUCCGAUGUGUAUGCCUUCGGGGCAGUGUUGCUGGAGGUCGUGUGCGGGCAGAGACCCGGGACCAAGCUAGGCGGGUUCCAGUCCCUCGUCGACUGGGUUUGGUACAUGCAUCGAGACGGGAGGAUCCUCGAGGCAGUGGACGAAAGACUGAAGGAAGAUUUCGACGUCGAAGAAGCUAAAAGGCUUCUGCUGCUAGGACUGGCUUGCUCUCAUCCUAUUGCCAAUGAAAGACCAAGAACAUCUGAGGUUGUUCAGAUCAUAUUAGGGUCAAUUCCAGUCCCUUUUGUGCCUCCAUUCAAGCCUGCUUUUGUGUGGCCCUCUAUGGCUCCCAUUGACAUAGAUUCAACUGAGGCUGAUACAAGAUCUUUCACACCUACUUCCCAGUUCAGCUCAGGAUGGACUCCACAUUGUGUGAGUACUGGGGAGAUAAGCACAGGACAUAUUGACUCCUUGGUAUAGUUAAAAUUUGUGAACAACUAUAACCAAUGCUGAUUUCUCUUGUCUUUUGCUUCAUUUUUCUUCCCGGCCUGUAAUUAUAUUUGUCGUUGGAAGUCAUAAGAUUUCCAUUAGUUUUUUUUUUUUUUUUUUUUUAAGAACAGAUAUAAAUGUGGCUUCGAUUCGUUUAUUGGAACAAGGGAAACCGAUGUAAAUUCUUGAAUGUGAAAAUUUAAGGUUGGUUUUUAGCA